CCCCGCCCCUUCCGGCGGCGGCGGCGGCGGCGAUGGCGGUGCCGGUGCCGGCGGAGGCGGGGGCAGGCCGGCAGCGGGCCCUGGCCGUCGGCUCGCCCGUGGACUACAUGAGCAUCACCAGCUUCCCCCGGCUACCGGAGGAGGAGGCGGGCGGCGCGGCGGAGGGCGGCCUCCGCGCCCGGAAGGAGGAGGACGCGUUCCUGGGCGAGCAGGACACGGACCCGGACUCCUUCCUGAAGUCGGCACGUCUCCAGCGUCUGCCCUCAUCCUCAUCAGAGAUGGGAAGCCAGGACGUGUCCCCUCUCCAGGAGACAAGCAAGGACCCUUUUUCUGGAGACUGCAGCUGCCAGCAGGAUGGGCUGACUGUGAUCAUCACUGCCUGCCUGACCUUCGCCACGGGCGUCACAGUGGCCCUGAUUAUGCAGAUCUAUUUUGGGGACUCUCAGAUCUUCCACCGCGGUGCCGUGGUCACGGACGCUGCCCGCUGCACUGCCCUCGGCAUAGAGGUGCUCAACAAGCAGGGCUCCUCGGUGGAUGCGGCCAUCGCCUCGGCCCUCUGUGCAGGGAUCGUCAACCCCCACACGUCAGGGAUCGGCGGGGGUGGGGUGAUGCUGGUCCACGACAUCCGGAAGAACAGGAGCUGGGUGAUAGACUUCCGCGAGGUGGCUCCCAUGGGCGUCCCACUGGAGUGGGACCUGCAGAAGGACGCCAAGCCAGGUCUGCUCGUGGGGGUGCCAGGCAUGAUACAAGGAAUGCACCAGGCACACCAGUUAAAUGGGAGGCUCACCUGGUCCGAGCUGCUGGGCCUCGCAGCCCGUGUCGCCCAGGAUGGGUUUAAUGUCACACAUGAUUUGGCUAAAGCCAUAAGUGAACUGAAGGACCUGAACUACUCAGACAAAUUUCGGGAGGUCUUUCUGCCGGAGGGCCAGCCCUUGCUGCCCGGUAUGUUCGUCAGGCGCCUGGACCUCGCGGCCGUCCUGGAGCUGGUGGGGGCAGAAGGGGUGUCAGCUUUCUACAGUGGAAACUUGACCCAGGAGAUAAUCUCCGAGGUCCACAACAACGGAGGAGUCUUGGUGGAGGAAGACUUCAGCAAUUACAGUGUCACAGUGGAGAAUCCUGUCCACACAGUCUAUCGAGGUCAUCUUGUUUUCAGUCCCCCACCUCCACACGCAGGUCCUGCACUGAUCACAGCACUGAACAUCCUUGAGGGCUUUAACAUCACAAGUCAAGUAUCCAGGGGGAAUAUCUUGCACUGGAUGGCAGAGACAUUAAAAAUAGCCCUGAGUCUAGCUAGCAACCUGGGAGACCCAUCUGAUGAUGUGUCCGUCACUCACACUGCAGAAGGCAUGGUGAGUAAAUCAGAAGCUAAUUCUCUGCGCCAGCUGAUUAAUGACUCCCAGUCCUUCUUGUCUGAUCUCCGCAUGCCUCACUUCUCCAUGGAGAGUGGACCUGCUGCUAGCCAGGUCCUUGUCAUGGGACCUGAUGACUUCAUUGUUGCGGUUGUAAGUUCUUUGAAUCGUCCCUUUGGCAGUGGAAUAAUAACAUCCUCUGGAGUCCUCCUGAACAGCCAGAUGUUAGACUUCUCCUGGCAAAAUAAAACAACAAACCACUCGAUUCCCAGGCCGCAAAAUCUCAUUCAGCCUCAGAAACGGCCCCUGUCUUUCCUGUUGCCCACCAUCGUGAGACCAUCUGAGGGGAUGUGUGGGACAUACCUGUGUCUGGGAGCUAACAACGGAGACAAAGCUUUGAGCAGCAUUGUUCAGGUUUUGGUAAAUGUUUUAACAUUUAACAAGAAUCUGAGUGAAAGUUUGUCACUUGGUCGACUUCAUCCACAGCUUCAGUCCAACACCUUGCAGGUUGACAGUGAGUUUCCUGAAGACGAUAUUGAACUUCUUGUAGCCCGGGGCCAUCACGUGGAUAAAGUCAAAGUGGUCGCCCUAGUUCAUGGGGCCAGGAGAACCAACAGUUUCAUCAUUGGACUGAAGGACCCCCGGAGCGUGGAUGCUGCCGGAGCCACAAUAUUGUAGCACCUCCCAGAUGACGUGUCACUGAACAAGGCUUAGACAAAUCAGCCCAAGUGGUGUGUGUGUGUUCUGAAAUGGCCCCUGCUCCAUUCCCGGGGCAGGAGCUCCACUCACACGCAACUGAGUAGACUUUCUAUAUUCCCCACCCAGGAUGACACCAGAGGAGUUAGCAGCACCAACAUACAGCAUUGUGGGUUUUUUUCUUUUAUUUUUAAAUGAUUUGAAUUACAAGAAGCCCAGGCCUUGUUGCAGGAAUGCAGGGAGCACACUUUUCUUUUGGCAGAGUCUUGUUACUAAUUCAGUCUUUUCAAAAGCCCAAUUCUAGCCAACAUCUUAAUUUUAGUGAGUAGGAGCAUUAGCAAAGGAAAAAAAACAGCUGCUGAUGAUACUGUCAUCUUCAUCUCCCUGUCUUUCCCAAGUUUAUUCUUUGCCUCUUUUGUAAGCCAGUAAUUAAUACAGCCUAGCCUAGUGUUUGUAGGUGCCUGUAGCUCGAAUGUCAGGGAGUCCUUUAAUACUCCAGAUGGGCCAUCUGAUUUUUACCAGCAUGCAGCCUCCUGUGUUAAUUCCUUUUCUCACAUCGCUACAUACCUUCAAUUUCAGGAGUAAAUAUUUUGAAUCAAGUCACUGUGCAGAUUCACCGGCAGUCUGAUUUUGUAACCAGAGCAAUGGUUUUCAACUUCUAAGAACUUGUGGACCCUGCAAUAGUGUUCUUAGAGAGGUUCAGCCUCCUCCAUGGUGAAUUUAAGCUUAGUGGUAAUGGGGUUAAUUCUCUUAGAUACUUUUUGGAGGUAUCUUAGCAGUACUCCACAGACUUGUGAAAAUCUACAGACCUAUAAAAAUCCACAGUCCACGGUCUAAAGACCACAUGGAGAGCAUUUAGGUAGGUUCAGAACUUUCCUUACACCACUUUAUCUUGAUCUGCUCUGAAAGCUUGAAUCAUGUAAUCCCUACAGAGAGGCUUGGGAUUUUCUGCUUACUAAAUUCAAGCCUGUACUUCUGCUCUGUAUUUUGAUACUGGUGGUUCUAUUGGAAAAGCUGAAGAGAGUGAGAGGGAAGGUACAAACCAAACCAAACACUACUGAGAUAAUUUUCUGUCCGCAGCAUGUAGCGCAAAUAUAUAUAUAUAAGAAUAUAUAUAUAAAAAAGAACAUAUAUAUAAAAUAUAUAUAUAAUACAUAUGUAAGUAUACUUCUGCAUUCCUUGUCUGAAGUAGAGUGAAGAAAUAAUACCCCAACUGACAGCUGCACCACUUCAUUCAACCCACAUUUGGACGUUUCCUUCUCUUUUUACUAGUAAGUUAGACAGAGACACCUGGCACUCAAAAACUCUGGAAUUUGAUCAUUUUCUGUGGUCUAAACUUUGACGAUUUCCUUCAUGGUGCAAAUGCAUCUAUGGCCACUGUACAUAUUAUAUAUGUAUGUCUGCUUAUGCUUGUCUUGGUCUUUCAUUUGAUGCUUACACCCGUUACUCCCAGCCUUCCUCCCGAGGGAGCCCCCAACACCCAUCUGUUUGUAACGCACCUUCUAACACUCGCUGCCAUUUGGCACGGGGAGUGUGUGGCUCCUUUGGAAGGCAGGCAGGGCACUACAGCGGAUAAUCCGACUAAUCAUUCCUGCCACCUGCCAGCUGAGGAUGUCCAAGCAUCUUACGUGGAGCCUUGCAUGCUGUGCCCAGGAAGGACAGAGAUGCUUUUAUGCUCCGCUGAAGCGCAGCCACCCGUGAGACGAGCACGGCAGCUACCUAGCAGACGGGAACAUCAGUGGUAUUUUCUGUUACAGAUGCAUCAGUGGCCUCAGCUGAGAGAUGAGGGAAGUACAACAUUGUCUUUAGGAAAUUUUCUUCUGUGCCACCACACUGCCCAUAAGGCAAGAGAGACUUUCUUCACCAUAGGGACAUCAAACCUACUUAUUGAUUUUUCUGUCAUCAGCACUAGAGCUGGCCACUGCCUGAAGUUGGAGCGUUCAUAAAGCUGUGUGUCCUGGAGCAGACCUCUUCAGGUUUCACGGGAAGGGACAGAUGCAGUUUUGUGCAUUGAACAAUGGUGGAAAUUUGGGGUUUCCUGGUAUGGUACAGCAGUGAUCUGUUCCUUGGGCACAGAAGUUUAGUGUGCAUAGCUGCAAAAUAAGUGGUCAAUUCAUCGUCGUUUCGGUACUUUGCAUGGCAUAUCACAAAACUCUUUGAAAUAUAAGAUUCCUCCUUAUUAACUGAAUUUGCCAACUCGCUUCUGAUGCUGGAAACUUUGUAUUCAUUUUCAAGUUAAAGACUCUGGUCUUGAUUCAAAAGGGCACUUAAACACCCCAAGGUACAAUUUCAAAGCAAUUAUUCAGAAUCUUAAAAUAAAGCAUGUUCCUAAGUA